AUGAAAAAUCAUGAAUCACGCCCAACUGGCUCUACUCCAUUCCCUAAAGCGAAUGUGACAUCCCAUAGUGGGAAAGGGCAAAAGGCUAGAGAUCACGCCAGCAAUCGUUGUCGAGGUCGUGGUCGCGGCCGCGGACGCGGACAUGAUCGUGGUCGAGGUGGUCAUUUUAGGAACUCAUACUCUCACCAGAAUUGGGACAAUAAAGAUGGAAAUAAGAAUGAGAAGGAUAAAUAUGAAAAUAUAUGCUACCGUUGUGGAGGAAAAGGCCAUUGGUCUCGUGUGUGUCGUACACCAAAACAUCUAGUAGACCUUUAUCAACAAUCAAUCAAACAGAAAGGAAAGAAAGUGGAAACAAAUUUGGUGUACGAGGAUGGCGAAGGUGAUUUUGAUUACGGUGAUACAACUCACCUGGAAGCGGCUGAUUUCGCAUAUUUCAUAAUUUAA